AUGGAUCAACUUAAAGUAGAAAUCUAUGAAGAUAUUUGUAAAGAAGUCGCAUCAUUUUGGGUUUGGACUAAGAAUGAUGGAAAAUCAUUGUUAGAAAUAAUGGAAGAAUGUCGAAAUUUCGUGAUGAAAGAAGAUAUCUUUAAUAUUCGUGAAUAUCAAAGAUUAGAAUAUACUUCUAAAUCCAACAAUGUAAUGGAAAAUCCGAAUAAAUUAAAUAACAAAUCACACUAUGUAACACGACAUGUAUAUCCCAGUGACAGUCACUGA